AUGAACAACUCGCAAUUCCGACGACUGCUCGUCGAAACACCAAAGCCUCAAGAUGGCGACAAGGGCAAAUCGCCCGCGGCUGCAACGCCGAGGGCAGUGCUGGGCGCACGCAAGCACUCCAGCAUACCAAUGACACCCCGCCAGGUAGGCAAGGGGUCAGUCCAGUCAGACUUUGCGCGCCAACUCGCCGAACGCAACGCGAAGAACAACCCGCAGAAGAAGGCGAGAAACAUAGUACCAAAAGGGACGAAGCUCGCUGCAGGCUACACCGACCGCACCAAGGCAUACACCGAUGAGGAAGACAACGAGAUUGCGAAACGCGUCAAGAACCUCGAAGAGUCUAUGAAGAAGGGCGAGAUUGACCGUGAGACGUUUGAGAAUCUUGUGCAAGAGAUUACAGGCGGUGAUGUUGGGACCACACACUUGGUCAAGGGCCUGGACAGGAAGCUUCUCGAGCGAGUAAGGCGGGGCGAGGAUGUUCUGGGUGGCCAAGACAAGAAGGAGGAAGAGGUGGAAGACGAGCAGGCAGAAGAGGCACCAGAAGUCGAGGACGCGUUCGAUGAGCUGGCAGAAGCAGAUGUCGGGCCCAUUACGCGCGAGAAGGUCGAGAAGAGAGGCGAGAAGAUGACAUCACCACGGCCUGUUGCUGGCGUCAAGAGGAGCCGAAACGACAUCCUGAAGGACCUCAAGAGACAGCGAGAAGAAGCUGCUGCUGCUGCGGCGGCUGAGCACGAGAAAAGGUUUCCUACCUUGGGGCCAGGCUUCCGCAAGAUAAAUGCACAAGGCGAGACACACCGUAUCGAGACAGACGAAAAGGGCCGCGAGGUAUUAAUCAUCACGGGUCCAGACGGCAAGGAGAAACGCAAGGUCAAGAAGCAGAAGGUUGAGGAGCCAGCGCCUGAAGUACGUCAUGAUCUAGAUGACGCGAGCAAACCGAUCAACAUGCACAACCUCCCUGCGCCGAAGAAGGAAGAGUCGGAAGACGAAGAUAUAUUCCAAGGCGUAGGAUCUAAUUACAAUCCGCUCGCCAACUUUGACGACUCAGAAGACGACGACGAAAAUGAACAAGAAGAAGAGAGAGAAACAAAGCCGCAGCCGUCUGCUGUACCCAAGCUCGAUACUACAACUGCAGAGUCACGCUCAGAAGGCGAGGUGUCUUCUCCCGAAACAACAGAAGAAGACGCGCCAGCGAAACCCAAAGAGAGCGCGCCCGCUGCACCCACAAAACGAGACUACUUCGCAUCCACAGCCCGCAGCACCUCGAGCACAAAAGAACCAUCUGACCUCUCCGCCGCCGACGCCACCGUCCGCGCCGCCCUCGCCAAAGUCCGCAACCUCGACGACAACUCCGCACUACUACAAAACCUUGGCUCUGCCGAUCCCAACGAUCCCGCCUCCAAAGAAGCGCGUCUCAAGAAACGUGCUGCGGAGCUUGCCGCGUCGGACCGCGACAUGGAAGACAUGGACAUGGGCUUCGGAGCAUCGCGGUUCGACGAUGCCGAGGAAAUGGAGAGGGAGGGCGAGAAGGUCAAGUUUAGUCAGUGGAAGGGACUGGGCGCUGAAGGCGACGAUGAUGAGGAUGAGGGUGGUGGUAAGGGAAAGAAGGAGAAGAGGAAGAGGGGAGGGAAGAAGCGAAAGGGAGAUAAGAAUAAUGCGGACGAUGUUCUUAAUGUCAUGGAGAGGCAGAAGGAGAAGAAGACCAAGACGCUUGGUUGA